AUGAGUAAGUUUGCCUGCGGUGUAAUAAAUUUAUUUAGGAUCCUAAACCUGGGGUGGGUAUCAGUGAAAGCCGAUGCGCACUGGGGAGUCAAUCGAGCUACACGUGCUAUAGAGAAUAACAUCGACGUAGAAGCGGUCAUUUUGUUCAAAGGGAACGUGUGUAAUAACAUGAUAUGGCAUAUACCUGCUGCAUGCCGCUUGAAGGGCGUGCCUUUCGUGAGCAUAGAAAAAAAGGUCACGCUUCCUCAUACCAUUCCCGUGAAAAACAUCAGUGUGUUGGCAAUAAAGAAGACUAAUGUACGCAUGGGUUGCCUUUCAGAGGCUGUAAGAUAUAACUAUGAUGACAUGACGGUUAAGUAUGCCGCUUACUAA